UUGGGGAGCCACUGGCCGGGAGGUCAUGGGCCCAGAUUCAGGAGUGUGCAGAGUGCGGAAGACGGAGGAGGAAGGAGGUAAAAAGGAUGAAUGCUUGAUUUGUAAAGUUCCUUGCCGUACAGUUUUACUUUCAAAACAUACAAGCUCAGAGAUUCAGGCAUUCUUUAUGGGCAUAGAUGAUCUGUGUAAGAAGUACUCCAGAGAAACCUCCCAGAUUUCAGAAUUUCAAGAAAAACACAGGAAGAGAUUGUUAGCCUUCUAUAGAGAAAAGAUCUCCACGUUGGAAGAGUCUCUUAGGACAUCGAGGCUGCAGAUGGAAGAGCUGCAGAGUAUGAGAUCGUCACAACAAGCAGCUUUCAGCACAAUAAGACAUUCAGUUUCAACUCCUUCCGCAAAACCAGGGGGACGCCUAUGGCAGCCGCUCAGCUCCGUGGGCCCUGACAGAGUGGAGUCAAUGGACGUCGAUCUUCCUGCUUUCCUGGCGAGAAGACCUGAGAUAGCCACUGGCCCUACAAGAAUCUCUUUGAUUAGUCCACCCCAAGAUGGACGCAUGGGCAGUGUCUCCCACUGGGGCCCUCAGCAUCUCAGCCUGACGCCAAGUCAGACGAGUGUGUCCAGUGCUCUCAGGAUUCCACCACUGCACAUCCCCUACAAGGGACUGUCACAGACUCCGACAUCCCAGCUAGCAGGCAGAGUGAGCAGGGGGGGCUCUCCCUGCCCCGGCAGCUCCCAGGCUGGGCCGCCCUCCCAGGCCCCAGCGCCCAGGCAGCCAAUCAGCAUCCCGGGCCUGCUGCAGAGGCAGUGUUCAGGGUCCACUCCCCUUGGGGGAUUGCGCACAGAAGAUGAGCAUGUUCCUGCUGUCCCUGUCUGCUGGUCCUCCGGUUCUUCCACCAGCCCCCGGCAUGCACACAUUAGACAGUAGAUGUAACCGCAUGCGUUUUCUUGAUGAAAUGAUUAAGCAGCAUAUUGGAAUAAAGAUUUUUCUGGUUAUCA